AUGAUUCUUUUGAAAGUAAUUGCUGCAUUUUUGGUGAUCCAAGUUAUAAAGGUUCAUGGACAUAGGGCGAAAGAAAGUGAUUUUCCAUUUUUCGUGUCUGUAAAUAUGAGAUCAUCUCACGGCUUCAAGUUUCGGUGUGGCGGUGUACUUGUUAAAGACAACUAUGUCCUCACGACAGCUACUUGCGUGGUAGAUGGUACCAAGGACGACUAUCAAGUCGUUGUUGGCACUAUUUCAAUUAACCCCAACACGAAAAAUAUAAAUGAGCAGCGACCCUCUAUCAGCACAAUUUUAUUCCACAAUCGUUUCAAUAAAAAAACUUACGAACAUGAUUUAGCUAUCUUGAAGUUGAAAAACGGAGUAAAACUCAACAAAUACGUACGAAUCAUCGAGUUACCUGAGCCUCACGAAAAUCCAAGCAAAGGAAAUAUGGAUCAGUUUGUGGUUGGCUACGAGUAUAUGUUCAGUUAUGGACUGCAAUAUUUCAAAGGUCAUGUCAUCUUCAAUGAAUAUGAAUCAAAGUAUUACUUCAAUAACGAAGAAGAGGAGGCAAUUAUGUCAGCCGACGUAUGUGUUGAAAAAAGUGGAGAUGGAUACAAGCUAAUUGGGUUUGACAAUGUAGGAGCCAUCUCCCAUGUUUCACCAGAUGUCAAUUGGAUUAAAAAUAAUAUCGUAAACAAUGCAGAAGAAGACAUUAUCCAAUGUAGAGAAGAGUGUUUCAAAAGUUGUUAUGGAAAAUCUACCAAUGAUUAUAUGUAA